AUGGCUUCCAUGAGCUUCUCACCACCUUCUACGUUCAUUUUCAAUGGAGAAAACUAUCAUAUAUGGGUUGUUAAGAUGAAGAACUACCUGCAAGCUUAUGACUUGUGGAAGUUUGUGUAUACUGAUGUCGAGCAAGCACUAUUGAGGGACAAUGCUACAGUUGCUCAAAUUAAACACCACAGUGACAAGGGAGCUAAAAGAUAUAAGGCAAUGUCUUGUCUACAGAAUGGCAUCUUGGAUGUCAUAUUCACAUGUAUUAUGGCCUGCAAAACCCCAAAAGAAGCUUGGUAUAAGCUAAAAGAGGAGUUUCAAGGUUCGGAUAAGACCAGACAACAACAACUCAUUAAUCUCAAGAGAGAUUUUGAGAAUUUGAAGAUGAAGGAGGUAGAAACUGUGAAGCAGUACGCAGAUAGGAUUGUGACGGUGGCAACUAACAUCAUGUUACUUGAGGAAGAGUUCGCAGAUAGCAAGGUUGUUGAGAAUUUCAUAACAACACUUCCUAAGAGGUAUGAAUCAAAGAUUUCCUUAGUCGAAGACUAA